AAAGUUGCAUGUGCUGCAGCGAAAGCUUCCAGCGCGCAUGGGCGAGAUGGGAAUGGUGCCGACGUCACGGUGGAAGUGGCGUAGAGAUUCAGGCGAGUUGCACGGCCAGCCCUGCCGGGGAUCGGGUGACUGGGGUCUUUUCUUUCUCGCUGGGCCUCGUGAGCGGCUGGAAUGGAGGCGGCGGCGGCGGAAGAUGGUGGCCCGGCGUUCAUCAGCGUUACCAAGAAAAGGGCUCAACGCAAGAGGAGGUCGGAGACGGGAGCAGCCAGCAUGGACACAGAUUCGCCGCGACCGAGGAAAAGGCCAGUAUUUCCUCCAGUUUCCGGGCAGCACCUUGUGGAUGGCAAAGAUGAAAUUCGUAGAAUUCCUGUACCUGCACAUAGAUAUACUCCCCUGAAAGAGAACUGGUUGAAAAUCUUUACUCCUAUUGUUGAACACUUGCAACUUCAAGUGAGGUUCAACCUGAAGACUAGAAAUGUUGAAAUCAAGACAUGUAAAGACACACAAGAUAUAGGUUCACUUACGAAGGCUGCAGACUUCGUAAAGGCCUUUGUUCUUGGAUUCCAGGUGGAGGAUGCCUUAGCAUUGAUUCGAUUGGAUGACCUGUUCCUAGAAACUUUUGAUAUUACAGAUGUUAAACCAUUAAAAGGUGAUCAUCUUUCAAGAGCAAUAGGGCGUAUAGCUGGCAAAGGUGGAAAAACAAAAUUUACAAUAGAAAAUGUAACAAGAACGAGGAUAGUUCUUGCUGACUCGAAAGUCCACAUCCUUGGCUCUUUUCAGAAUAUUAAAAUGGCUCGGACGGCAAUCUGCAACCUUAUUUUAGGGAGCCCUCCAUCUAAAGUCUAUGGUAACAUUCGGACAGUGGCAAGCAGAGCAGCAGAGCGCUUCUGAACAUGCAGUGUAUGUCACUGCUUUGAAUUUGCACUUUACGUGACUCUCAUCCACAGAUCUAAUUAUGGGUAAUAAACUUUUACUUUAGCCAGUGUAA